GUCACUGAAGUGACUAACUGGUAUCAGGGAGGCAUUGUUCUCCCACCCACCUCACAGGUACCAUCACCAUGGGAACCAAGCUGACCAAUGAGAACAAACACUGAGCCACCUCUCCCCAAGACAGGCCACAACCAACAUUCAGAGGCCUCCAGGGCCCCCUCCUGGAUAAACCAAUCCCACUGCCCCCCGCCACCAAGGCGGAAAACAGAGGAUCUUCUGCCUGGAAUGCUCAAGAGCAAAAGCCAAACUCAUCCUUACCCAGCUUAGAGGUCCAGGCACAUGUGGGGUCCUGCCAUUCAGCAACCAUUCAGAAGCCCCCAAAGACUGUCCGUAGUACCUUGGGAACACCCCAGAGCACUGAGAGCCUCGUGAAGAGCACACAGAGCCUCAAGCCAGAGGUAUGCAGCAUCUCCACCCCCACAAGCAGUGGCUAUGAAGCCGACGGGGAGUGCAGCAAGGACAACCUGGUUAACAGGAAGCAAACAGUGAGGCUAACUAAGCGUCUCACCACCCGGGUGGAGAGCAGCGAGAUAUUCCCCGUGCCCCAUCUCAGCCCAUUCAAGAUCCGAAGGCUGGCCAGGAAAGGCCAGUGCUCCCAGAAGUCUGGAGGGGAAAAGUGAGACCAGCCUGCCGGAUGGCAGAGUCAGCAGUCUGAGUAGCAUCAGCUUCCUCAGCCCAGGCAGCAGUUUCCUGUCCUACCAGGUGAGCAGUGGGCUUCUCAGCUCCAGCAGCAGCAGCAGCAACACCAGCAGCAGCAGCAGGCCCUCCAGCAAGGCCAAUAGCAGCCAGAACAUUAGGGUGGACUGUAAUGAGCAGAGCGAGCCAAGAAGCAACACCAACCUCCAGGAAGACAAAGCCAGGGACCCUGUGGAAAGUAGCAGCCAGUCCACCCAGGCUGAGCAGCCCACCCAGGAACCCAUGCCUUUAUGAGGAAAUUUCUCAGCUGCUAGUAUCUAGACACUAGGGCCCAACAAAUACUGGUUCAUCUGGAACAUCCAUUAGCAACUUAAGUAGGAAAAACUACAGAAGUGGGAGCUGUCUUCUAUAGCCAUGACCAUCAACAGACAGGUUACAUACAGGACUGUCUGCUGAGAAGUAGGUGAAGUGGACCAUCUGUAUAGGAAGAUGUUGUGAGAAGAGCUGGAACAAGAACCAUCGAUGCCAGGCCAUCUUUAUCAAGCCACCCAUGGGAAGAGCAUCAAGUGCCAUGAACCUCAGCACAGGCUACCCGUAAGAUCCAUCGAAACUAUCAGCACCAAGAUCAGUAGUGACAAUUGACAACUGUUUUAAGAACCCUUAGAAGGCAGAACCUUCCAUGAUGAACCCAUUAUAAACAAUGAGCACCAUGUACAACUGCCUUGUGCUCAGAAGAAACGUAUCACCUCUACUGGGAGUGGCCCAGGUCCAGAGGCAUCUGGAAUGAUAAGGACCCUGCAUGGGGAUCUAUAACCAUGGGGAACUCCAUCUCUACUGAGUACUAUAAUGUACAGGCACUGCCCAUGGAAGCUCUAACCGGGGGACACUGUAUACAAAGAACAUCCAUGACUCCCAACAGUAUAACCCAGCCCAUCUUGGGGAUCAUCAAACGCAGUUGGUAGUACCACUAGCCCCAGGGUAAAGUGUCUAGAAAGAACUUCUGAGGGGAUAUGUCAAAGGACCCAGGUGGCCAAAGAACAUCACCCAUGGGAGAGCUGUGCUUCCCAUCUGAUUCUUUCUGGGCAUCUAUACCCCACAUUCCAUCCAGGAGCAAAGGCUGAAUACACUGUUUCUGUCUCUAUGUUGGCCUCAGAAAAGCAGAAAUCAGAAGCCAGGGACAGCCCUUUUGCUCAGAUGGUCAGAACCAGACUCCCUGUGGCAGUACAUCAUGGUAACUGCCACCAUAGACUCAGAGACCAUCCUGCAGGAACUGGUAGGGCAGGAACUCUACACCAUGGACAAAUGCUGCAUAAGUGGAUAAGAGGCCUAAGGCCCUGCCCCCAUCCCUUCUCAGAACAGUGGAACCAUUCCCCAGGCUAAACACAUAGAUCCAGGAAACAAGAGGGUGCAUGAAGAGGAGAGGCCAGCGGCAGACAAUGAAAACAUCCACUGGGCACCAGAAGGAAAGUGGAGGGGGCACCAAGCACAAUAAAUGGUAUCUGGAGAGGUCACAUGUA